UACCCAACGGAAAAUGGGUAAUACCGAGGAAGCGUGUAGGUGAGGCGGGGAGAGAAACAGGGACAGAAUUCUGAGUGCAAACCUCGUGUACGGAAGUGUAAUAAAAGCGGAUUGAUAAAACUCCAAAUAAACUUAAUUAUUUAAUGAGAAAUCCUCGGUACUACAAACUGGCGACGGGCUGGAAGAACCACAGCGUGAAUUUGGUUACUCAACAGGUAAAUUAUACUACAAAAAUCAUGCAAAAGAAGACGAAAAAAAAAUAGGUUAUGUUGACAUUUUUUAUCGCAGCUCUUGGAACACAGCACUGUGGCUGUGGUGGUCCCGAAGGCCGAAAAAAAAAAGAACGCAGUUCGACUGUGGUGGCUCUGAGGCCGUCGUGAUUUUGGACACAGUGCAACUGUGGUGCUCCCGAAGAGCGUGACCGGAUGUAAACAAAGAACGGUGGUCUUCGAGAUCGAAAAUUGAACGCAAAAGGUUGCGGUGGUCUUCGAGACCGGAAUAAAAGGAACACAGCAUAGCUGUGGUGGUUCGUAAAACCGAUAAAAAAGGUAAAAAAAAAAGGAAUGUAAAAAAAAGCGAUGUUUGGAAAUUGUUUUUAAAUACCUUUCAGGUCACGUGAAAUGGACAAAUGGACAAUUCAGCCGUUCAAUUUCAAAGCUCUUCCGUCGUCUCAAGUACGGGACGAGUGGUUGAAGUACAGAAGAAACUUCAAGUACAUCGCUCUGGCAAAUGAGGAAACCGACCAAACCAAGCUUAAGAACGUUUUCUUGGCCAGAGCCGGUCCUGAAGUGCAGGAAGUUUUCAGCACAUUGCCGGGGGCAGAUGUGGACGAAGACAAGGAACAAGGCAUCAAACCGUUUGAUGUCGCCAUCGCGAAACUCGACGAGUAUUUUGCACCACAACAACACGAGAUUUUUGAACGGCACGUUUUCUGGACGCUCAAACCGGAACCAGAAGAGUCAUUGGAAAGAUUCCUUCUGCGAGCCACGGACCAAGCAGCAAAGUGUAACUUUGGAAAAACCAAAGCUGAGAGCGCAGAGAUAAGUGUCAUCGAUAAGACCAUUCUGUUGGCGCCGGCGGACCUGAAGGAAAAGCUGCUGCAACAAGCCGGCCUGACAUUAGACGAACUGACGAAGACGAUCAAAUCUUACUCGUCCGUUAAAUUCCAAGCAGGCCAGAUCGGAAAUGCGACUACGCCGUCAACGUCCUUCGUGAAUAAACUACAACCAUCAUCUCAACACGGAACGUCCGAAUGCUCAAGGUGCGGGUGGACAGGGCACUUUGCGAAUGAUCCUUCGUGUCCAGCUCUCGGCAAAAUUUGUGACAAAUGCGGUAGAGCAGAUCAUUUUGCCAAACGCUGUAAGACCGUUCCGUCGAAACGUUUAGUGGCCAACCAUCAACAGAAGCGAGGAGGCAAACGACCUUACAGCUUCCCCAGCCAGCACGGAUCAAAUAAACGGCAGUGCAACGCCAUCGACUCGAUACACAACACGGAAGAGUCUGCCAGUUUCAUCUACAGUAUCAGCACCCGGGAGGAGAUGGUUGGUGUCACAGUGGGAGGCGUCCUGCUUGAGAUGAUGAUCGACUCAGGUUCAUGCAAGAACAUUAUUGCUGAACGCACUUGGCGUCACCUGCUCAUGAACGGACUGGAAAUGAAGAACCUGCGAGAUGAAUGUGAUUUAACGUUUCGUCCAUAUGGGCUGAAAUCUGAACCUCUGAAAGUGUUGAAAGUGUUUGAUGCAGCAACGAGCGUGGAGGAUGCGGGAAAAGUAACCAAGCAGGAAGCAACAUUCUACGUGGUGGCGGAAGGAUCUCAGCCAAUACUGGGGAGAGAGACAGCCAAGGCCUUGGGUGUCCUCAUAAUUGGGUUGCCCAGCACUCGUGGUGUAUCGGUCAGCACGAUCAAACAGGACAGCAAGCAUUUCCCGAAGAUUCGUGGGGUAAAACUUUGCAUUCCGAUCGACAAGGAGGUGUCUCCAGUAGCGCAGCGUGCUAGGCGUCCACCGCUAGCUUUGAUGAGUCGAAUUGAGGAAAAACUAAACACCCUGCUCGCAGCGGAUAUAAUCGAGCCCGUUGAGGAAUAUAGCCAAUGGAUUUCACCGCUAGUGGCCAUCGUGAAGGAUAACGGAGAGCUGAGACUGUGCGUGGACAUGCGACGAGCAAAUGCGGCCGUUCUUCGCGAAACCCACUACAUGCCAACCUUUGAAGAUUUUCUACCCGCAUUGAAGAAGGCCAGGUUCUUCAGCCGAUUGGAUGUGAAAGAGGCAUUCCACCAGGUGGAGCUUGAGGAAUCCUCGAGGUACAUCACAACAUUCAUAACCCACAAGGGAGUUUUCAGGUACAAAAGGCUCUUGUUCGGGAUUUCGUGCGCCUCGGAGAUGUACCAAAAGAUCAUCGAGCAGAUACUCGCAGACUGCAACAAUGUAGUAAAUUACAUUGAUGACAUCCUCAUCUUCGGCGCUACGGAGCAGGAACACGAUGCAUCCCUCCAAAAAGUUCUCAAGACGCUACAAUCCCGAGGAGUGCUCUUGAACGACAGCAAGUGCGUUUUCAAAGUGCCGGAAGUGGAAUUUUUGGGACACCACCUGUCGGCUGAGGGUAUUCGUCCGACCGAAGAGAAAACCGAUAUCCUCAAGUCAUUCAGAGCACCGUCUAACGUGGAAGAACUUCGCAGCUUUUUGGGUAUGGUUACAUACAUCGGAAGGUUCCUGCCAGACCUCGGCACGGUAACAAAUCCACUUCGAGAGUUGACACGCAAAGGAGUCUCGUACGAUUGGACGGAUUGUCACGAGCAAGCGUUCCAGCAAAUCAAGAUGAUGAUUUGCGAGAUAAGUAAUCUACACUUCUUCGACAACAACCUACGCACACGCUUGGUAGCGGAUGCGUCACCGGUAGCCCUAGGUGCCGUUCUGCUUCAGUUCACCAACACCGACCCAACUCCAAGAGUAAUCAGCUAUGCCAGCAAGAGUCUAAGCGAUACGGAGAAGAGAUACUGCCAGACGGAAAAGGAAGCUCUAGCUCUAGUGUGGGCCGUCGAGAAGUUCGCUGUUUAUCUGCUAGGGCGGAAGUUCGAACUGGAGACGGAUCAUAAGCCGCUAGAAGUGAUCUUUUCCUCGUGUUCGAAACCCUGCGCUCGUAUAGAACGAUGGGUGCUUCGAUUGCAGUCGUUCAUAUACGAAAUCAAGUACCGUAAAGGUAGCUCAAACGUAGCAGAUCCAUUCUCGCGGUUGGUAAGGUUUGGGGCGAACAACUCGGCUGGUGGCGUAGAUCUGGACACGGACAACAAGUUCAUGUUGUUGGCUAUUCUGGAAUCAGUAGCAGUGGAUGUAAGUGAGAUCGAGAACGUUUCUCAAGCCGAUCCCGAGCUGGUCACUCUGCGGGAAGCAAUCCAUUCAGAGAGGUGGGACAACCCGGCAACCAAACCGUACGCAGCGUUUCGUGCGGAACUGGGUAUUCUAGAUAACAUCGUUGUACGAGGAAACAAAAUGAUCGUUCCUGCGACGCUACGCCCCCGGUUGCUGUCUCUGGCGCACGAGGGACAUCCAGGAGAAUCCGUAAUGCUCAGGAGACUCCGCGAUCGUGUUUGGUGGCCGCUGAUGGAGAAGGAGGUCCAACGAACGAUAGCAGUUUGCGAAGGAUGCCGUCUGGUGGGUAUACCAUCGCGUCCAGAACCGAUGGCGAGACGACCUCUGCCUUUGAAACCGUGGGUGGACAUUGCAUUGGAUUUUUUGGGACCCUUGCCGACCGGCGAAUACCUACUUGUAGUGAUUGAUUACUUCAGUAGAUAUAAGGAGAUAGAAGUCAUGACACGCAUCACGGCCAAGGAGACUACGGACCGGCUUGAACGGAUCUUCACGCGACUCGGUUAUCCUGUUACCAUCACCUUAGACAACGCUCGGCAGUUCAUAAGCAAAGAAUUUGAACAGUAUUGUACGAUCAGAGGCAUUCACCUGAACAACACCACGCCAUACUGGCCACAAGAGAAUGGCCUCGUUGAAAGGCAGAACAGAUCUUUGCUGAAGCGAUUGAAAAUCAGUCAUUCUCUGGGUCGUGACUGGAAGUGUGAUCUGAACGAGUACCUGAUGAUGUAUUACACAACACCUCACACUGUCACGGGGAAGACACCUUCGGAGCUCUGUUUUGGACGCACGAUUAGAUCAAAGCUGCCUUCGCUGCAAGAUAUCGAGACAACUCCACGGAACGACGAAGUGUAUGACAAAGACCUGCAAGCGAAACAAAAAGGGAAGGAAAUAGCUGAUCUUAAACGUCGUGCAACUCCAUCAAAUGUUCAAACAGGUGACACGGUAUUGCUCAAAAAUUUGUUGCCGCAGAACAAGCUGUCUCCAAACUUCCUGCCGACAGAACACGAAGUCAUCGACAAGACUGGAGCUCGGGUAACGGUGCGAAACACUGAGACGGGGAAGGUGUACCAGAGAAAUUCAGCCCACUUGAAACGUAUUUCUAGCACCCCUGGGCAUGGCCAAGCAGAACUCGAGCCGGAAAGCAUUACACAAGAACAGGAUGUAGCUGAACAACCGAUCCAACAACCACAUGACGAAGACGACCAUCAAGAACAGCCACCGACACAGAGACCGCGGCGUCAAGCUCGUUGUCCACAACGUUUCGAGGACUUCCUGAUGGAUUCCGAGACUUCGUCUCUGUGAGAAAAGGGAAGAUGUGAUACCAGCGGAGAGCCCCUCGAUCGUCACAGCACGAACGAGUGAGUUCUUACCCAACGGAAAAUGGGUAAUACCGAGGAAGCGUGUAGGUGAGGCGGGGAGAGAAACAGGGACAGAAUUCUGAGUGCAAACCUCGUGUACGGAAGUGUAAUAAAAGCGGAUUGAUAAAACUCCA